AUGCUUCAAGACGAAGUGAUGUUCUACGCGUGCCUCGCCAUCAUGAUAUUAUUCGUAAUAAUGUGCUCGUGCAUCACGAUGGCGAUUAUUGAUUUGGAAGUCUACAAUUUCGGGUUGUAUAUCGUUUUGUUGUGUAUUGUUGGAACCAUGCUCGCUUGCGCAUUGUGCAUAGCAAAUCCUGGCGCUUGCGCGAAUCCCGUUUGGUACACCAAUUUCUGUUUAUUGCUGCAUGAUUAUAUGCAAGAAAUGUACCCAGUUCAUCCUGAUGGAACAUCGAGUCCCAAAAUGACCGGAUUGAGGGCACAAAUGCAAAGGCACGCGGCGCAAUCAAUGGCGACGUCUGACGAUGGGACCCGGUUAACCGUCAGGCAAGAAUCUCGAGCAACAGUGGCGAUGCUUGCACCAGCAGUUCACAUAAUGCACCAAGUAUGGAAAGGAAUGGCAUGGGUCACCGAUGGUAUCGAAGAAGAAGACGAGGAUACUCGAUUGUCAUUGUACGACAAAAUGGAGCAGGGGACAUCAGAUGAGACGAGGUCGGUGAGCGAUCAUCAUGUGAAGCGGCUCUCCACCAUCGCUGAAACCAGCUCCUAUAUUCUGAGAGAACUUGAAGAACCCAGCAGCGAAAUCAACUCUCGCAAUGAUGUUACCUUAUAA